CAAUCCACAGUGGUUUUUGUUUGCCCUUUCUCCAUUAUUAGUUUACCGUUUUGUAAUAAUCAUCAAUUUAUUUAUUCUUCUCUUCAAAAUCCCCAAUUUCCCUCUGCGUGUAACAGACACAGGCGCCAUUGCUGUUUUCUUCUUCUUCCGGGCUUCAAUGGCAGCGCAAAGCGAAUGCUUAAUGGAGUGACUGAGUAAACAACGAAAAGAAGCUUGGUUUCGAGUGAAGAACCCUCGCUAACUUCUGGAAUAUAAUAAACCCCUUUUUGACUAUGUUCUAUGAAUUCAAAACCCUUCUACUUUUCUCGACAAUGUCUUUGGAAUCUGGGUUUUUCGUUUCUCUUUUCCUUCACAUUCCUUUCUCCCUUUUUAUAUAGAUUUCAAAUUUGUGUAUCUUACCCAUUUCUCUUCUCUGUUUUCCCUCUUCUGGGUUCGCUGCAGUUUGAACCAUAGACGCGCGUGGAGGGAAACACUUCUGGGUUCGUUCUGUUCUCUACAGACCUCCGAUGGAAGCUCUGUGGAUUUUCAGCUUCGUUCUCGUUCUGGGGUUUGUUUUUGCGCCGAUCAAUGGCGACCCAGUUGAAGAUAAGCGAGCUUUGCUUGAUUUCGUGAAGAAUCUUCCUCAUUCUCGCUCUCUUAAUUGGAAUGCGGCUUCUCCUGUUUGCCAUUACUGGAUUGGUAUAACUUGCAGUAAAGAUGAUUCUCGUGUUAUAGCCGUUCGAUUGCCCGGAGUUGGCUUCCACGGCCCGAUUCCGGCGAACACUCUCAGCCGGCUCUCGGCGCUACAAAUCUUGAGUCUACGAUCCAACCGUAUAACAGGGGAUUUCCCAUCUGAUUUCUCAAAUCUUAUUAACUUGUCUUAUCUUUAUCUUCAGUUCAACAACUUCUCCGGGCCAUUGCCUUCCAAUUUCUCUGUUUGGAAGAAUCUCACCUCUGUGAAUCUCUCUAACAAUGGCUUCAAUGGCCGCAUUCCUUAUUCGCUUUCUAAUCUUCCAGCACUCACGGGUUUGAGUCUCGCAAAUAACUCUCUCUCAGGAGAAAUCCCUGACCUCCAAAUUCCCAAAUUGCAGAUUCUGGAUUUAUCCAACAACAAUUUGAAUGGGAGUGUGCCUAAAUCAUUACAGAGAUUUCCAAGGUCUGUAUUUGUAGGCAAUGACAUAUCCUUUGAUAGUUCUUCGCCAAACAAUCCUCCCCUGCCCCCACCAUUGCCUUUGUGGAAUGAAAAGCCCAAGAAUGCUGGAGGGCUUGGAGAAGCAGCAUUAUUAGGAAUUAUAAUAGCUGGUGCUAUUCUGGGGCUCUUAGCAUUUGGCUUUCUGAUACUUGUAUGCUGCUCAAGAAGGAAGAGGGAAGCAUAUUCAGGGGAUCUGCAGAAAGGUGGAAUGUCGCCGGAGAAGGUGAUAUCAAGGACUCAAGAUGCAAACAACAGAUUGGUGUUCUUUGAGGGGUGCCAUUAUGCUUUUGACUUGGAGGAUUUGUUGAGGGCUUCUGCUGAGGUGUUGGGGAAGGGGACUUUUGGUACUGCUUACAAAGCAGUUCUGGAGGAUGCCACCACUGUUGUUGUUAAGAGGUUGAAGGAUGUAAGUGCUGGGAAACGUGAUUUUGAGCAGCAAAUGGAGAUUGUGGGCAGUAUCAGGCACGAGAAUGUGGCUGAGUUGAAGGCCUAUUAUUAUUCCAAAGAUGAGAAGCUGAUGGUUUUUGAUUUCUAUGGUCAGGGUAGCGUCUCGGCUAUGUUGCACGGUGAACGCGGAGAGGAAAAGACCCCAUUAGAUUGGGACACUAGACUGAGAAUUGCAGUUGGUGCAGCACGAGGGAUUGCUCGAGUCCAUGCCGAAAAUGGAGGGAAGCUAGUCCAUGGCAAUGUGAAAUCCUCAAACAUCUUUCUAAAUUCUCAACAAUACGGAUGUGUGUCUGAUCUCGGACUAGCAACCAUAACAAGCUCACUCUCUCCACCUAUAUCCCGUGCUGCUGGUUACCGAGCCCCGGAAGUGACCGACACCCGCAAGGCAACACAGGCUUCAGAUGUUUUCAGCUUCGGCGUGGUACUCCUCGAGCUUCUUACCGGAAAGUCUCCAAUACACGCAACGGGUGGUGAAGAGAUCGUCCACUUGGUGAGAUGGGUUCACUCAGUUGUCCGAGAGGAGUGGACAGCUGAAGUAUUUGAUAUACAGCUAAUGAGGUAUCCCAACAUAGAGGAAGAAAUGGUUGAGAUGUUGCAGAUAGCCCUAUCAUGUGUGGCCAGGAUACCAGAUCAGAGACCUAAAAUGGCAGAAGUUGUGACAAUGAUCGAAACCGUUCGACCAAUGGAAGCCGAGAAUCGACCUUCUUCCACACAUCAAUCUGAAACUACAAUGCCACAAGCUGUUGGGACAGAAAAUUUAGCCUCUCAGUGAGUUUGGACCCAAUUUGUUCUUAUAGUUCUUACAUCUCAUUUAGUAUUUACAAGUUUUUUUUUUUUCUUUUUCCUUUUUAGAUUUGAAUCUCUUUCUCAGAUUCUAGUUUUGCAACAGUAAAUGAACAAGUUCAGUUCAUA